CUGGUUAUUCAUGUAAUGCAUCUCUAUUUCCAGUCAUACGUAAUUUGCGCUUUAAUAUAAAGUUGGCCUGUUAAGUGUUUGUUAACAGUUAGUGUUUUAAAUUUGGGAGCUUUUACUUAAAAAAGGUACGAAUCCAAUUCGAAACCAGAAUAUGGAUUGGGAUUUCAACACUACCAACGAGACCUUCGACACAGAAGUCAUUCACUUCGUUCAAUAUCCUCUAUCGACUCGAAUUUUAGGAGGUUUUGUGUCUCUAUUCUCCACCACGUCAAACUUAAUAAUAAUUUUGACGAUAUGCAAAUUUCCCAAGCUGCAUUCGAGGAUUUAUUGGUACAUAGUGAAUUGGUGUAUCUGCAAUGUUUUCAUCACCGCUUCUAUGCCUUAUAUAUACAAUAUAUUCGAUUUUGAGACAUUAGUAAUUGAUAAAAAACUGUUCUGUAUAUGGCAGGAAAACAGUUUUAAUUUUUUAACCGGAAAUCAGUUUUUUGUAGCUGUUAUAAUAUUGGAUUGGUAUAUUAACACUUUCGCUAAUCAAAGAUCGUGUUCGUUACGAUGUAGAAACAAUUAUAAAACUAUAAUUUUAGCUGUUUGGAUAUUUUUAAUGAUUCUUAUAUUGAUCACAACUUUUUUGUGUAUAUUCGAUAACAGUUCCCCCUUGUCCGUUUUGUGUUACGGAUUCAGUUAUUUGGGAAUAUUUUUUCUUUUCUGUAUAAUUUCUUUGUUGAGAUGCUUCAAAUUGAAGAGAUCUAGUAUAGUCGUUGAGAAAUCUAAAUUGGAAUUUAGAUUAGCUUUUUCUUACUUCAUAUCCUGGUUAUUCACAACUUUAUAUUUGUUUAAUAUUAAAGCUUUUCAUAAAUAUUUUUCUCCUACAACGAAUUAUAUGAUUCUGGAAUUAACCACGCUAUUGGGAUUAAGUCACGCCAUAGUUUUGUUAAUUAUUUUGUAUGUAUUAGAUAGAAGUUUUAGAAUUUGCGUUAGGACGAUGUUUAAUUUGCCCAUUGGCGAUUCCGACAUUGAGUUUAAAGUGAAACAAGAUCUUUUAGAUAUUUUAUAGACCUGUGUAUAAACUCGUAGCCAUAAAUAACGCACCGCCCUUUAUUUCAAUAUCAAAACCUGAAAUGUUAGUCCUUAGGAUUUGUUUUUUUGUAUCAAAAUGUAUCAGCAAAUAAAUGUUUUUGUGGUUUUUAUGAAUUUUCUGGAAAAUUCAAUCUACGUGAUUGAAAACAUUCUUCGCGAAAUUUGAGUUGCAAGAUGGAUGAUAGUUUUAAGAAAUAAACGUUUGUUUACUAUUAAUUUCUGGCAAUUUCUGUAGUAUCAAAAUUCAUGACUUCUCCCGUUUAUCUGAAUAAUAAAUAAGAAAAUAGAAAGAAAAAUUUACCCACGUGGAAAUAGUUAUAGUUAAAUAUGUAAUUUACAGAUUUUUUUGUACGGUUUUUAAGAAAAAUGUAAUUUUAAAGCAAAAACUAUAAAUAAAAAUACAAUUUCUUGCACAAAUCUAAACGAAAUAUAGUUAAUCACAACACAUAGUUGUCUUCUUUCUUAUUAAAAUAUCAUAUGUCAAUCAUAUGUCAAUCAUAUGUCAAUCAUAUGCCAAUCAUAAGUCAAUCAUAUGCCAAUCAUAAGUCAAUCAUAUGUCAAUCAUGAGUAGACAGUUAUAGCAGUACUCUUAAUGUAUAUAUACCUAAUCUUAUGAUAGAGAAGUAAGUUUUUGAUUUUUUAUAAAAACAGUUUCUCUCGUUGUUUGGAAGAAUUCUAUGAAAUUUGUAAUAGCUGUGAUUAAGAUUUGUUGUUUGUGUGAAAUAAAAUUAGAGAGCUCUUUUGAUUCA